AAAAAAAAAAAAAUUUCCCUGUAUUCUCUUUUGAUUUUUUUUAGGAAACUUGUAAUCUUCUCCUCUGUAAAUCUAUUUUAUUAACUCUGUGUUGAACAAUUACCAAAUCAGUAUUCUCUACAUUCUGUUUUCAUUUUACUAAGCUCACUUUCUUCUUUGCAAUUUCUGUUUUACAACACAAGUUCUCUUUGUUCAAUUAUAUUGUAAUUGUCUAUAUUCAAGCUUGCUUGUCCAAAAAAAAAAAAAAAACCUUUAGAUCCCCUCUUGCAAAAUGUUCCUUUGAUAUCUUCAUAUCCUCUACAAAAUUGUAUUUCUCUUUGUUGCAGGAGAAAGAAAUCUCUGUUCUAGAAAUCUUUGUAACCUCUUCCUCUGCCACUCUAUUUUAACUCUGUGUUCAACAAUUACCAUUCUGUUUUCAAUAGCUAUUUGUUUUCUUCUGGUUUUACAUAUUGCAUUCCAGAAAAAGGAAAAAAAGAAAAAAGAAAAAAGAAAAGAGAAAAGAAACAGAGAGAGGUACAUAACUGAAAUAGAAGUGAGAAAUGGCUACUGGUUGGGUUGGUUUUGUUGGUCCGAUUGUAGGCAAGAUUGGAGAAUUUCUAAUGGCUCCAGUUGGCCGUCAUUUUGGUUAUCUAUUUUCCUAUAAAAGCAAGGUCAAGAAUCUGAAAGAUCAAGUCAAGAAGUUGGAUGAGAAAAGAGGUGCAAUGCAGCUAUCAGUUGAUGAAGCAGAGAGAAAUGUAAAAGUUAUUGGACCUGAUGUUAAGGGGUGGCUGGAAAGGGUUGAUAAAUGCAGCAAAGAGGCCAGAGAAAUUCUAAAAGUUAAAGUUGAAGCAAACAAAGGAUGUCUAUAUGGGUGGUGUCCAAACCUGAAGUUACGUUACUCGCUCGGUAAGAAAGCAACCAACAAGGCAAAAGAGGCGGCUAAGUUGCACGAAGAGCGGAAAUUGACACAAGUGGCCUACAAUGAGCCUCCACCAUGGAUAGAAUCCACAUCCACUGAAGGUAUUAAAGUUUUUGAAUCUAGAAGAUUGAUUACGAAUGAUGUCAUGGAGGCACUGAAGUAUGAUGGAUUCCACAUGAUUGCGAUAUGUGGGAUGGGAGGUGUUGGUAAGACAACAAUGGUGAAAGAAGUUGCCAAAAGAGCAAAAGAAGAGAAAUUGUUCGAUGAGGUUGUGAUGGCUGUAGUGUCCCAAAGUCCUAAUGAAAGGAAGAUUCAAGGUGAAAUUGGAGAUAAAUUGGGUUUGGAAUUUAGGGUGGAGACUGAACGUGGAAGAGCAGAUCGACUACGUGAAAGAAUAAGGGGCACCAAGAGAAUCCUUGUCAUAUUGGACGAUGUUUGGGAGCGUCUUGAACUGAAUGACAUAGGAAUUCCAUUUGGAGAUGGUCAUAGAGGUUGCAAAAUUUUGCUGACUUCUAGAUUUGAUAAUAUAUGCAACGAUAUGGAUGCUCAAAAGAAAUUUACAGUUGAAGUCUUAACUGAAGAAGAAGCAUGGAAUCUCUUUGAGGAGAUGGCUGGAAUUUUCAAUGACACAAGUCACACAAGUACUGAUUUGUAUAUCACACAGAAGAAAGUUGCGGAUGAAUGUGGAUGUUUGCCAAUUGCUAUUGUUACAGUUGCGAGGGCACUCAAAGAUAAAGAUAGGCACUCAUGGAAUUCAGCCCUGCUACAGUUACGCAAGUCCAUGGUAAAAAACAUCAGGGGAGUAGAAGAAAAGGUGUUCAAAUCUCUGGAGUUGAGUUACAACUUCUUAGGAAGUAGAGAAAUUAAGGAAUGCUUUUUGCUUUGCUCCUUGUAUGCAGAAGAUUUUAAUAUUCCAAUUGAAGAUCUUGUUAGAUAUGGAGUUGGGAUAGAGUUGUUUGAGGCCAUUGAUAGCGUCAACGAAGCAAGAGACAGAGUACAUGCCUUUGUUGAUGAGUUAAAAAAAGGCUAUCUCUUGAUGGAUGGCGAUGGAGGAGGUUGUGUUAAAAUGCAUGAUGUAGUUCGUGAUGUUGCUAUAUCAAUAGCAUCCAGGGAGGAGCAUUCAUUUAUGGUAAGAUGUGACGAAGCAUUGAAAGAAUGGCCGGAGAAAGAACGACACAAAAAUUACGCUGUAAUUUCAUUGCGAUGCACUGGUAUGAGCAAGCUGCCUGAUAAUCUAGAAUUUCCAAAACUCCAUCUUUUACGGCUAGAGCACAAUUAUACAUCAAAACUACCGGAUAGUUUUUACGGAGGGAUGAAGGAAAUCAAAGCUUUAAGCAUGUUGAAUGUGUACAUAAAAGGAUCACAGCCGACAUCACUGCGAUGGUUGACCAACCUCCGAAGCUUGUCACUAUACGAAUGCGGACAGAUCAAUGAUGUAUCUGUAAUAGGGGCAUUAGAGAAUCUAGAAAUUUUGGGUUUCGAAGGCACUAGAAUUGAUGAGUUGCCAAAAGAAAUAGGUCAGCUUAGUCACUUGAAGCUACUGGAUUUGUUGCGAAGUGGUGUGAAGAGGAUUUGCCCAGGUGUUUUGUUGAGCUUAUCAAAGCUAGAAGAGUUGUAUCUUGGGUCUAGCUUUAAUGAUGAACACAGGAUAGAAGAAACUAAAGCAACUUUGACUGAGCUGUGUGGGUUGUCUAAUUUUACGACUUUGGUCAUUCACCUACAACGUUUUGCAUACUGGCCAAGAGACUUGGUCCUUACGAAUCUAAAAGCAUUCGCUAUAACCAUUAGCCCUAUGAUCUUUACUAGAGAUAGUUGUGAUUAUCAAUUACAAAACCAGUUGAGUCUCGGGGAUCUUCACGAGAGCAAUCUUAUGGAGAGUGGGUUCGAGAAUCUUUUCAAGAUCACUAAAAUUUUAGAAAUAACGCAAGCAGUAGGUGUGAAGAAAGUUGGCUAUGAUUUAGACAAAGAUGGUUUCAAAAAAUUAACAGAAUUGUUCUUGAAAUAUUGUCAGGAUCUGGAAUAUGUCAUUGACACAACAGAUGGGGUUCCAGUUCCACAAAUAGCCUUCCCUGUGUUACAGUGGCUACGUCUCGAUCAUUUAGAUAAUUUGAAAGAGAUUUGUCAUGGCCAACUAUCAGAGGAGGCCUUCAGUGCGUUGAAAAGGCUGGAACUACGGGACUUGCCCGCAUUGACACAUUUGUGGAAGGGUCCUACUCAACUUGUACGGCUCCGCAACCUGACUUCUCUAGAACUGAAGAGAUGUGAUAAACUGGAAAGCUUGUUCUCAUUAUCCAUAGCCAGAUAUCUGAUGCAACUACAGAAACUUGAUGUAUCUAAAUGUCGUAAGAUGGAAGUACUUAUUUCGAGCGACGAAGAAGAAGGAGAUCAAAAUGAGAUAGCAUCAAAAACAACAGAUAAAAUUGUUUUUCCUAAACUAAAGGAAUUGUAUCUUAGAUGCCUACCAAGUUUUACUGCUCUCUGCAAGGCUAUGAAUGGAAUUGAGCUGCUGCAAUUGAACCAGCUGAUACUCUGGGGGAUACCAAAGCUUAAUAGUUUUUGCAAUACUUCGGAUAGCAAUUGCGAUACUAUUCAACCUCUCUUCAAUAAGGAUCUGAAAUAUGUCAUUGACACAACAGAUGGGGUUCUGGUUCCACAAAUAGCCUUCCCUGUGUUACAGUGGCUAUGUGUCGGUCAUUUAGAUACACUGAAAGAGAUUUUUCAUGGCCAACUACCAGAGGAGGCCUUCGGUGCGUUGAAAAGGCUGGACCUAUGGGACUUGCCCGCAUUGACACAUUUGUGGAAGGGUCCUACUCAACUUGUACGGCUCCGCAACCUCACUUCCCUAGAACUGACGAGAUGUCAUAAACUGGAAAGCAUGUUCUCAUUAUCCAUAGCCAGAGAUUUGAUGCAACUACAGAAACUUGAUGUAUCUCAAUGUCGUAAGAUGGAAGUACUUAUUUCGAGUGAAGAAGAAGGAGAUCAAAAUGAGAUAGCAUCAACAACAAUAGAAACAACAGAUAAAAUUGUUUUUCCUAAACUGAAGGAAUUGUAUCUUAGAGGCCUACCAAGUUUUAUUGCUCUCUGCAAGGCUGUGAAUGGAAUUGAGCUGCUGCAAUUGAACCAGCUGAUACUGUGUGAGAUACCGAAGCUCAAUAGUUUUUGCAAUAGUUCGGAUAGCAAUUACGAUACUAUUCAGCCUCUCUUCAAUCAGGUUAAAUUAUUUACCAUUGAGCAAUUGAUGAUCGCUCAAAAUGAUAAAGUGAUAGAGAUAUGGCCCAGGGAACUUCAACCUAAAGUGAGAGACAUGAUUAUUUGGCGGUGUCCUAAGCUAUCGAAUAUUCUUUUUCCAUCCAAUGUGAUUAAGGGCAUGCAGAGUCUUGAACGACUUAUGGUGAUGUGGUGUCAAUCUGUGGAAGUAGCAUUUAAUCUUGAAGGAAUAAUUGUUAGGGAAGGCUAUCCAGACAUCGUACUCCCUUCAUUAACAAAAUUGGUCCUACGUUAUCUACCAAAGUUGACACAUGUUUGUAAGAGCAACUUACUAAGAAUUCCAAGCUUUCAGAACCUGACAUCCUUAACAGUAAUGUGUUGUAGCAGUUUGAGAUAUAUAUUCUCAUCUUCUCAAGCAGAAUUUCUUGUGAAACUACAAGAAAUAACUGUAACUGAAUGUGGUGUGCUGGAAGCGAUUGUUAAUGAGGAACCAAAAGUAGAUGAUGAAGUUGCAACAAAUAUAAUCAUGGUCCCUCAACUAAAUAGUCUCAAACUCUGUCAUCUGCCAAACUUCAAGAGUUUAUGUCCCCAAGCUUACACAUUUGAAGGAUCAUUCAUCAAGAAGAUAAAAGUAAUCAACUGUCCCAACAUGAGGGCACUCCCUUCAGCAUUGCAGCGCAUGCUAGAGCUACAAGACAGCAAUGUUCGAAAAGUGGACUUUUUUAACUCAGCUCAACACGAUCUCUUGGAUGGAAAGUUUAGUUUAAACACAGAGGGAAUACUUGAUGUCACAGGAAUAGAUGAGCCAACUGAUAUAUGGCACAAUCAACUCGAAGUCGGAUGCCUUGACAAAGUAAGAUUCAUGCGGGUCCAGUUUUGUGGGAAAUUAUCAAGUGUUGUCUCGUUCAAGUUAAUGCAAAGGCUGCACAAUAUACAAGGGCUAAAAGUAUGGUGGUGUGAUUCACUGGAAAUGAUAUUUGGUCUCCAAGAAGGGGUAUGUGCUGAUGUUGCUGAGAAAGAAACAUUAAUCACUCAGUUAAGCAAAUUGAAAUUGAAGUAUUUGCCCAAGUUGACGCACAUAUGGAAGAAUAUUUCCCAACAAGCUCAUUGUUUCGAAAAUCUAAGAUUUCUAACAGUGCAGCACUGUGACAACCUGAGAUAUAUAUUCACAAUUUCCAUGGCCAAUGCUCUUGUGAAUCUACAAAAUCUAACAGUUGAACAUUGCGAGAAGGUAGAAAAGAUUGUCACCAGGGAAAACGAAGAAGAAAUCUUUUGGCGAGAAAAUAUGGUUGUCAAGCUUAGAAAUCUUCCAAGUCUCGUGUGUUUUGGCCCGGAUGUAAAUGAUACUGAAAUUCCAGUCAUAACAGCCAAAGCAAGAUUCUGCCCCAAAUUUCCAGGCAAUGAGGAUGGAGUUGGCUUGGACUUUAAGUAUCUCGACAAUGACUUUUUUUAUCAAAAUCUUGACGUUGACAAUUUUGUCGAAGAAGAUGACUUUGAUGACUUUGUCGAAGAAGAUGACUUUCACGACGAUGACAAUUAACAACGUUGUCAGGUGAUUUUUGAGUCAUGAUUUUCUCAAAAUUCUAUGAGGAUCAAGAAGUUGGAGAAGCCAACCAAGGUUAUAGGGUGGUCUCAUAUAUCUAUGGAAACUAUUUAGUUGUUAUGAUUACGUUUUAUCGGACUAUUGUCUAAAUUUGAAUAAGCUAUUAGCUCUUACUAUUUGCUCUUUGUAGUGUGUGUUCUUGUUUGUUGGGUUGGUGAUGCUGCUAGCAAAACCUUGUGAACUGGACACACUUUAUU